AUGUCUGAUAAUUACCACUUUUUACAACUUUGUAAUAUUUAUAAAGAUAGUAGAAAUAAAUGGCCUCUGAGAAUAAAUAAAUUAAAUUUCAAUAUAGAUAAUUAUAAAACAGUGAAAACAAAAAUUUUUCUAUAUAUAUUAUGGAAUACAGUAAUAUUCACUUAUUUAUUAGAAUUUUUUAUGAAUUUAUUAUUUGCUAUUUAUAUGCCAUAUAUAAACACAUUAAGUAAAACAAUUUUUUUUUUUUCUAUUUUUGAUUCUAUUAUCGUUAUAAUUUUAACAUGUAGAGGAUUUUAUGCCUAUUCUAAUGAUAAAUCUAAUAUGUUACAUAAAUCAGCCAAAUUCUUUUUUAUGUUAAGUAUUUGGUGUUUUAUAAAAUUAUUAGUAUAUGUUAUACAUACAUUAUCAUUUGCAUUAAUAACAAAUGAGAAAAUAAAUAAUGAAUUGUAUUAUUAUGGAAGCAAAAGUGUUUAUUUUAGUUAUUUUAUGGAAAUUAUAAUAACUGUAAACAUAAUAAAAUUUGUAUUAACCCUUUUUACUGGACAAAAAAUUCAAUAUAUUGUAAGCUGUAUAAGAACAUCUACUAUUCUAAAAAGUAAAAUUAGAAAAGAUUUAGAAAAGCAAUCAUUUCUAUUUGAUGAUUUUACUUAUGGUACUUUUAUAAGUGACUUAAAGGAAUAA